AAAGUCCUAGUGGAGCAACAGAGAUAAGGGAGGUUCCACUUGGGAUUUCACUCGUUGUCACUGCCUCACUAUUUCUUUCAAUCCUAGGUUUUUCAUGGGAUUGUUGUUCUUUGGCCGCACAGACUUCUAUUAAUGGGAGUAUACCAAGAAUUACAAACAACUUCUGACCUUGUCCCCCUCAAAAGCUCUGCAAAUUUAAAUUAAUAUCCAUUUUGGGAAAUCUGGGAAUUGAGGAAUUCAUGGCUGUGGUUCCAAUAUGCUACAAAAUCCCAUACAAAGGCAAUGCUCAACUGAAUCAUUACGCAAUGAGACAGAGUGAUAUGUCCAGCAAUAUGUGCAGGAAUUGGCAUAUUUCUUCAUUUCUUAGCACUGAUGUGUUGACACAAAAGAAGACAAGAGAGGCAAGUGCAUCUAAAGAACUAGAAAGCCAUCGAAGUUUCAUUUUAGCAAAUAAUGAAAGAAAGCAGAAUAUAGGCAUGGUUUGGUAUGCAUCAGAUUCUGGUACAAAUGAGAAGCAACUCAGAUCUUUAGAUUCCUAUCUUGGGAAACUCCAAAAUGGCACAAAUCUGCCUGCAGAUAAGUCAAACAGGACAGGGGAGCCACUCACUAGAAGUCAGUUGAGAUUAAAGAAGGGGUUGGAGUCUCUUGAUGAUUAUUUUGGAAAACUUAAUAAAGAUGGAGACUCAGAGAAUUAUACAUUUAGUUCUGUUGAUCUUACUGAAGACAAUCCUACUGAAAAACUAUCAUCUAUCAAUCAAGAUUCUGAAAAAUCUGAUGAGAGGGAAGAACAGAGGAGCUACAGAAAUCCUGUAAGUACAAGGGAUGAUCAUGGUCCUCAGAGCUCUCAAGAUUCACUGCAAUAUAAUGAAAUCUCUGAUCUCUACUUAAUAAGCAUAUUGGGUUCUAUAAAUAUUGCAGUUUUUCUGUUUGAGAUAGCAAGUCCAGUUAGGAGUUCUGACUUAGGGCUCUUUUCUCUUCCAUUACUAUAUGGAGCAAAGAUAAAUGAUUUGAUCCUGGUGGGAGAAUGGUGGAGGCUUGUGACACCCAUGUUUCUGCACUCAGGACUCUUUCACAUAGUCGUUGGCUGUUGGGGGCUUGUCACAUUUGGGCCUAAAGUGUGCAGAGGCUAUGGUUCAUUUACAUUUUUCUUGAUUUACAUACUUGGAGGAAUCUCUGGCAACUUGAUUAGCUUUCUUCAUACACCAGAGCCAACCGUUGGUGGAACAGGACCAAUAUUUGCCAUGAUGGGAGCUUGGCUCACUUAUCAGGUCCAGAACAAAGACAUAAUUUCAAAGGAAGUUUCAGAGGGCAUGUUCCGAAAGGCGGUAAUAACUACGCUUCUUAGCUUCACAUUGAGCUGUUUUGGUCCAAUUGAUGACUGGACACAUUUUGGAGCUGCAUUUACAGGCGUGGCAUUUGGGUUUUUGACAUGCCCAACUCUUCAACUGGACGAUGCAUCAUCUUCAACAAGUGGCCAAGAGGAAGGCAUCACACUUGUCAGACGUUAUGCUGAUCCUUGCAAAUCACUGUUUUUCUUUACCUUGUUUGCUCUUGUUUUAACUUGUUUGCUUUUCUUUGUUGAACCUCCACUGAAUGUCAUUGCAUCAGACACUUCUUUGUAAACGUGAAGAAGGAUACAAUCAUCAAUUACACAACAUACUAUCUUAUA